GGCGGGCCAGAGCGUGUCAGCGCAGCCGAAUCAAAACAAGCCGGAGACCCGCCUUUUCCCUCCCGCUCUGGAGCGUCUCCACCGCGCCCCCGGCCCGAAGCCCCUUGUGCCACGCCUCUGAUCUGCAGCUUUGGCAGGCCCGUGGACCUGGAGAAGGAUGACUACCAGAAGGUGGUGUGCAACAAUGAGCACUGCCCCUGCAGCACCUGGAUGCACCUGCAGUGCUUCUAUGAGUGGGAGAGCAGCAUCCUGGCGCAGUUCAACUGCAUCGGCCGGGCUCGCAGCUGGAACGAGAAGCAGUGCCGCCAGAACAUGUGGACCAAGAAGGGCUACGACUUGGCCUUCCGCUUCUGCUCUUGCCGCUGUGGGCAGGGCCACUUAAAGAAGGACACAGACUGGUACCAGGUGAAGCGGAUGCAGGAUGAGAAAAAAAAGAAGUCUGGGUUGGAGAAAAACACAGGGAGGCCCCCUGGGGAGGCUGCAGAGGAGGCAAAAAAAUGCAGGCCCCUGAACAAACCCCAGAAAAGCCUGAACCAUGACCUCCCCCGACGGCAUUCCAUGGACCGGCAGAACUCUCAGGAGAAGGCGGUCAGCACCACAGCCUAUGGUGGCCGCUCCCCUUGUGGUUCCCCUGGUCAGUCCCCACCCACUGGCUACUCCAUCCUCUCUCCUGCCCACUUCAGCGGUCCCCGCUCCUCUAGAUACCUUGGGGAAUUCUUAAAGAAUGCCAUCCACCUCGAGCCUCACAAAAAGGCCAUGGCCGGGGGCCACGUGUUCAGAAAUGCCCACUUUGAUUACAGUGCUGCUGGAUUGUCUGUUCACAGAGGGGGACACUUCGACACCCCCGUACAGUUCCUGCGGCGGCUGGACCUCUCUGAGCUCCUCACUCACAUCCCCAGGCAUAAGCUGAACACUUUCCAUGUGCGGAUGGAAGACGACGCCCACAUGGGCCAGGGCGAGGAUCUGCGGAAGUUCAUUCUGGCAGCCCUCAGUGCCAGCCACAGAAACGUUGUAAACUGUGCUCUGUGCCACCGGGCACUUCCUGUCUUUGAACAGUUCCCACUGGUGGACGGAACUUUGUUCCUAAGUCCCUCAAGACACGAUGAGAUUGAAUAUGAUGUUCCUUGUCACCUUCAAGGGAGGCUCAUGCAUCUGUACGCAGUGUGUGUGGAUUGCCUAGAAGGGGUUCACAAGAUCAUCUGCAUCAAGUGUAAGUCGCGGUGGGAUGGAAGCUGGCAUCAGCUGGGCACAAUGUAUACCUACGACAUCCUGGCCGCCUCUCCCUGUUGUCAGGCCCGCCUGAACUGCAAGCACUGCGGGAAACCUGUGAUCGAUGUGCGGAUUGGGAUGCAGUACUUCUCCGAGUACAGCAACGUCCAACAGUGUCCACACUGUGGGAACCUGGACUACCAUUUCGUGAAGCCAUUCUCCUCCUUCAAAGUUCUUGAAGCUUAUUGAUGAAAGCUUUGCUUUAGUAAUAGCUAUUUUAUUGAUAUUAUUACUUUAUUACAUAUCUUUUAUAGGGAAACAUUCUGUGACAUUAAUUUCUUUUCUAAUUUAAAGCAGAGUUACUUUGUAUAUGUAUACCACUAAAAUGGGGCUGCCCUUUCCCCUGUCUUGAUUCCCCAGUGUUAGUCUGUGAUCAGGACCAGAGCCAGGCGGGUAAUCACGUGAGUGUGGGUAGGGUUCCUGCUCACCAGGAGUCUCUGAUGCAGCUUUAAAGUGGUGGGGAGGAUGGGACGGAUCUAGGAAAGGGAUUACGUGGUUGUGGACUAAAAGCAUGGAAGGGAUAGAGAGGGAGCGUUGAGUAAAAUGUUAACUUUCUAAAGACCCACUUGUAGAUCUUCUGUGGGCCUUAGGCAAAAUAUGUGACAAGUGAAUGUAAGUCUGAGCCUGGAGAGCUAAUAGUGUAUUAGGCUGUCUCGGCUUAGUGUUCUGCAGCACAUACUGACAUGCGGUUUACACUCAACAGAUGAUUUAGAAGUGGAAUGAGUAUUCUUUUCUUUUGUGUUAUAAAACUUAACAGUCAGUUUUCCUACUGAAAAUAAUACCCAAAUUAGAAGAUAGGAAAACUAUUGCUGUUGGAAACAUUCCUAGCUAAGCUGACCUAUAACAAUAUGUGAAGUAAGUUUGGAAGGGAUGCACUUCUCAUUGAGAGGGCACAAAGGCAGAGCGCUGUCAUUUGAGUUACUCUGUGUGGGAAGUCGGUUGAAGAAACUCUUUAAGGAGAAUCCACGUAGAGUGUGAUUGGGGGGUGACGAUGUCUGCAGAUUGCACUUUGGAAGUGCUGUUUGGUGUCAGAUCCUUCCCACAGGUAAAUCUCACAGCCAUAGAACCUAACUGGUGAGCUGCAGAACCAGUCAUGCCACACUUACCUUCCCCAUAAUGCCUUAUAGCUAUGUCUGAUCCAUUUAAUACUGAGUUUCCAAAAUCAGAGUUGAGCUGAGGAAGGGAAGAGUUGUUUGAGAAAACGAUGAAGAAAAGAGUAAUUUUAGCAUUUCUUUUUAAAGUGUGUCAUUUUGGAAAAUUACUGUUGUAAUGCUUAACAGUAUGCUUUAAAAAACCAGUCAUCCUAAAGAUCCUCAUGAUAACUUGUUGGUUAAAAAAAAAACACUUGCAGAACUUCAUUAGAGCAUUGAGCAUUCUAAAAUACUAUCUUCUGUUCAUCAGACUGUAAUACAUUGAUACCCCAUACUUUCAUAGAAUUGAAAUUAGAUUCUCACAAGUGAAUUUGAUAAUUGCAAGUAUGAUGUGUGUAUAUGCUAAAAGGGUUACUAAAAUUAAUCAUUCUAUGAAUUAGCCCAAUUUGGCAUUGAUGUGAAUAUUUUAUAAUAUUUAUUUGGCUUAUAACUUUUCUCAGUGUGAUUUUUCCUUUCAGGCUUUAUUGUACUUGAGUUUCAUUUUUACUGUGUGAAAUAUGUUUGGAACAACACAACAUUGGAAAAACAGUGCAUCAACUAAUACUCUUCACUUUUUACUUUGGGUGAUUGUUACUUGGUGUAAUGCAUGUGAUUUGGUGUUUGAUCUGAAAAAUACUCCGCAGUGAAGGAGCUCAAAAUGCCUAUGUGAAACAGAAAGUCACUAUUGGUCAGGCAAUGUUGAGUGCAACUACAGGCCUGUAGAAUAUAGCCCUUGGAAAUUUGUCAUUGAUACACAAAGCUGUAAUUGUGAACUAACUGUUUCCCUAUUGAUUCUCUUAUUCAAGUUUAUAAAUUGGUAAGUUUCUCUUGUUUUCAGAGAACCAUUUGGAUUUUAUUUCGGAAUUUAAUAUUAUUGGUAAAAUAAUCUUACAACUCACCUGUUCUUCAGUCUACCUACAUAUUUCUAGUAAAACCUGCAUAUUGUUUGAAAGCUUACAGUUGACCUAUACAUUACAUUCAGCAAACUGUUCCGGGUAAAAUCACUAUAGGGUUAGUGUAUGCUGCAUCCCAUAUUUUUUCCUUAGAUUGUUUUCUACCCCCUUGAAAAGUAAGUAUGAUGAGGUUUCACUAUAAUUGAGUAAAAUUUGCUUUUGGAUGUUACUUUGAUGAUGCAGUGAAGAUUCUGUAGAUGUAUGCAGUUAUAUAAAAGGAGGCAUGAGUAUCAUACUCAAAAUCUUUCAAGGCAUUACAUUUUUAUCUAAAAGGGAUAGUUUGGCUAAUUAGAGAAUAAAAUAUAAUUAAAUAUGCAAAACUAUAAAGUGCUGACUUUCAUGUUUUCUCCAAGCUUGCCUCAAGCACCUUGAUCGUGAUUGGAAUUUGUCGAGAAAGAUGAUUAUUUUUGUCAUUGUUAGGAUAUUGAAGGAUAUCAGUCAUCCAGGAGAUUCUGUUUCUGUUUUUCUGAUAAAGUGUUCCAUAACAUGAAGCAGUCUUUUGAGUGAGUAAUAAUUUCAGUAGUUUUUAAUCUGCUCUAACAUUUUCUAAUCCUUGUUUGUAAGCGUUCCAUACGUUGAACAAAUGUAAUUAUCUACUAUAGUGCAGAGAGAAGACAGUUUAUGAUAGGUCAUUUUUUCUUCAGGCCGUCUCAGUUCUCCACUUUCUCCUGGUUACACCUGAGGCCUGGAUGUACUGCUUAUACUUUAAAGAGAGACAUUGUGCCAUGAAAUUGAGAGGUGGUUCAGUUGUCCUGUUCUAGUUACAAAAGAGCUUCCCCAAACAUCCUUUACAUUUCAGUUUUUAUGAGAGAACAUUUUCUGAACAAAAGAGAUUUUCACAUUUUGGCAAAAAUUAGCUCAACAAGAAAAAAUACCAUUAGGUGUUUAAAUGAUGAAAGUAACAGAACUAAUGUGCUGAAGUCUUUGCGUUUAGUACUGCAAGACCAGUGCUUACUAUGCUGUCUGUUCUCUUGUGCCCAGGUUGGUCAUCCCGGUUUGCUUUUUCUGUUUAGUCUCCUGGUCACAGCUGUUGGGUAAUUGUAGUUGGAGAUUGGAGAAGCAGUGAGAAGAAAGUGCUCUUCAGUGUUUUGGUUCUUACAAUAGGCUGCUGCCUACCUAAGUUCAUUUCCACAUCCUGUUGACUUUAUUUUGUUGCUCCAGGUAAUUGAAAGGAAAUAAAAUGGGUGGACACCAUUAAAACCAGCUCAGAAAUACAUUGUUUGGUAAAGAUUUGUCAGAAUGUUUUGGAUUGCACUUUUGUUGAGGGAAGACAGUGUAAAUAGUUGAAGAAUGUUGAUGAAAUUAAAACAUUUGGUUAUGGAAUUUUGUGUGGGGUUAGAGGCUUUCUGUUUGUGAAAUGUAUGUACUAAAAAUAAAGUUUCAGAAGCUAA